AUUGGGUUUGGUGGACCCAAAAAAAUUUACAAAAAAUUAACACUCCUAUUUCUUAGACGCCGGCCGCCGUCUCGGUGGAGUCUGUGCUCUGCAUCCAAGUAGGACUCUGUAGUAAACUUGUAUUUUCAUCUCCAGGUCAGGGCAGUCCCAAAUCUCAACCCUUACACAAAUGGCCUCCUCUGCCACUGCCUCCAUUUCUUCCAUCGUCGUCGGCAAGAAAAAUGUGGGGCUCUCAGCUUUCUCCUCUCAGCUACCCAUCUCUGUUCAAACAGCCCGGAGAAAGUUUUGCAAUAGAACUGUGUCCGUUAUGGCACCACACCAAACUGGACAUUCCCCUGCUGCCACAGGCUCGGUGAAGACUGAUAUGACCAUGACUGAGAAGAUUUUGGCAAAGGCUUCAGAGAAGUCUCACUUGAUCCCGGGUGAGAAUGUCUGGGUGAAUGUUGAUGUUCUGAUGACCCACGAUGUCUGUGGACCAGGUUCUAUUGGAAUUUUCAAGAAAGAGUUUGGGCAAGAUGCUAAGGUAUGGGAUCGUGAAAAGGUUGUUAUCAUACCUGAUCACUAUAUAUUUACAACCGAUGAAAGAGCUAACCGCAAUGUGGAUAUCUUGAGGGACUUUUGCACUGAGCAAAGUAUUAAGUAUUUCUAUGACAUUAAGGAUCUUGGAGAUUUCCGGGCCAAUCCUGAUUACAAAGGUGUCUGCCAUGUUGCUCUUGCCCAAGAGGGUCAUACCAGACCUGGAGAGGUAUUGGUUGGAACAGACUCCCAUACAUGUACUGCAGGAGCAUUUGGGCAAUUUGCCACUGGAAUUGGGAAUACAGAUGCAGGCUUUGUAUUGGGUACCGGGAAGAUUUUACUUAAGGUUCCUCCAACUUUGAGAUUUGUGAUGGAUGGUGAAAUGCCUGAUUACUUGCUAGCUAAAGAUUUAAUUUUGCAAAUUAUUGGUGAGAUUUCUGUAGCUGGUGCAACAUAUAAAGCAAUGGAGUUUGUUGGUACAACAGUUGAAAGCUUGACAAUGGAAGAAAGAAUGACUCUAUGCAACAUGGUUGUUGAAGCUGGUGGAAAGAAUGGUGUUAUCCCAGCAGAUAGUACAACCUAUGAGUAUCUUGAGGGAAGGACUUCUGUCCCAUAUGAACCUGUUUACAGUGAUGCACGAGCCAGGUUUCUUUCAGAGUACAGAUUUGAUGUAUCAAAGUUGGAGCCUUUAGUGGCAAAGCCUCAUUCCCCUGAUAACCGUGCCUUAGCAAGAGAAUGCAAAGAUGUCAAAAUUGACAGAGUUUAUAUUGGAUCUUGUACUGGUGGAAAAACAGAGGACUUCAUGGCUGCUGCCAAAAUUUUUCUAGCUGCGGGGACAAAAGUAAAAGUCCCAACCUUUCUUGUUCCUGCUACUCAAAAGGUCUGGAUGGAUGUAUACAGCCUCCCAGUUCCAGGAUCGGGCGGGAAAACGUGUUCCCAGAUUUUUGAGGAAGCUGGUUGUGAUACGCCAACAAGUCCUAGUUGUGGGGCUUGUUUGGGGGGGCCCAGAGACACUUAUGCACGCAUGAAUGAACCUCAGGUAUGUGUCUCAACAACAAACAGAAACUUUCCCGGUCGAAUGGGGCACAAGGAGGGACAGAUAUAUCUUGCGUCUCCAUUUACUGCUGCAGCAUCUGCGCUGACAGGUUUUGUCACCGAUCCCAGAGAAUUUUUACAGUAAUGCCCUUCAUAGAACUCGUACGGAUCAUCAGAUCGUACACAAUCUGGUCUGAUGAUUUCUGGGAAAGGCGUUCGCUUUCUGUUUUUACGUGCCUUGAGCUUUAAAAAAAGUAUGUUCUAGGUUGUAGCCAGGGUUAGCGCUGUUUAGCUAUAACUAGACCUUAUCACAACUUUGAUAUUUUCCCACUGUAUAACAAAAGUUUGACUUGUACUGCACUCCAAACAAUAAUAAGUUGCUUUCAAGGAGAAGCUAAGCUAUCUUUUAAAAUCUCUUUGCAAAGUCUUGGCGUACCCGUUGAGGUGUUGUCGUGUACUUUGAGGUCACAUU